AUGAUGCAGGUACUGCAUGAUGACGGUGAUACGCAGUCCUUGACUGACAGUGUAACCGAUUAUCCCGUUGAGAAUGGAAGAACCUAUCACAAGUACCACGAGGGAGCUUAUGUAUACCCCAAUGAUGAACAGGAGAUGGAUCGCCUGGACAUGCAACAUCACAUGUUCAAACUGGCGAUGGACGGAAAGCUAUUCCAAGUCCCACUCCGAGACCCAAAGCAUAUUCUUGAUAUUGGUACCGGCUCAGGAAUAUGGCCAAUAGAGAUGUCGGCCUUGUUUCCAAACACCGAAAUCAUAGGGACGGAUCUUUCCCCAGUGCAGCCAACAGAAGUACCGCCCAACGUCCAUUUCUUGGUCGAUGAUGCUACUGAAGAAGACUGGAUGUGGGACCACAACUAUUUUGAUUUCAUUCAUACCGGACACAUGACCGGAGCUGUGCCAUCAUUCAAACGUCUACUACGACAGUCAUUCAGACACCUAAAACCGGGGGCAUACAUGGAAUGUCAAGAGCUAGAUCCCAAACCGGAAUGUGACGAUGAGACCAUGCCUCCCGAAAACCAAGACGGGGGAUACAGUGCAUACGCCAUGCACGAUUGGGUAGACCUUAGUGUGCGCUCGGGCCGUGAGUCCGAUCCACCAAGACAAUUCCGAAUUGCCCACCGGAUUGCACAGUAUAUGAAAGAUAUAGGGUUCGUCGACGUUGAACAACGACUCCACAAAAUCCCCAUAAACACCUGGCCGCAGGACGAGAAGCUAAAGACCAUCGGCGCCUGGAGUGAGAGUAAUUGGCUCGAUGCUUUAUCCGGGUGGUCAUAUAAGCCUUUUCUUGCCCUUGGGUGGUCGAAACCUGAAAUUGAAGUCUUCCUCGUUGAUGUGAGGAGGAGUAUACAGGACCGAAAUGUCCAUGCCUAUCAGAACUUUUAUGUGGUGACAGGACGGAAGCCCCUUCCCAACGAAGGAAAAAGUGCUUCCUGA